AAUCAAUGGCGCCAUUUUUGUUGUCUGCGAAUCAGGCACUCUUUUAAAUUUUUUAAUUUUUGGCAUCAUAUUUUUGUAGUACUUUUCCACGAAAAGCAGUUUCAAUGCUCAUUCAAACAAUGGAGAAUAAUGAAGAUAUCCUUCAAGCUCUACAUGGCACGUUUGAUAGAGAAAAUAUCACCUUUUGACAGUAAAAUUUAGGCCACAUUUUUAGACAAUCCUGCUAACAUUUACGGUUCUUUUGUAACAGAGUUCGAGAACAUGUCGAAUGCCGAAAAAUUCUUAACACAAGAUCUUGAGGAUAUGCUCUCAUAUAUUGCCAAGACAGGCAGAGUGUUGUAAGUAUGUCCAUUAAGCUUAUAUUUAUACCUCUUAAACCUUCAUUUGACAUGGGCGCGUGUUUAUGUCGUGUUUUGUCGACUGAAGGUCGUCAAAGUUGCUUUUGUUACAGGAUUUUUAUCACCUUUGUGAAGUUUAUUUGACCUAAGAGGGAUAAUGUAAUUUAAGGACAUUAAAACUGGACUUGUAUUGGAGUAACAAUUUCAAUUUUUUUUUUCGUUUAUGAUUAACCUUCGUGAUCAUCUCACUUCAAUCAACUUUGGCCAGCGGUCCUUGUGAUGCAUGAUUGCGUAAUAUAUUUUUUAGUGCUUUUCAACUUUUUAUUUCACCCGUAUUUGAUAUUUCUUUUAAUUUUAAUCGGUAAGAUUUCCGUAUUACCCCAUACAUUUUUAGGCAUACAUGUUUUGACUCUAUUCAUUUUAAACUAUUUGUGAGAUUAGAUUGAACUACCACCCCUCUGGAAAUUCCAGUUGAGGCUCAUGAUUUCCUUUAUAAAUUGUUGACCUUUAAGAUUCUUCCCCCCCUCAGUAUUUUCAACCCUGACCCUCUGACGAUGACCCUCUGUGAGGUGUGUGUGUGUGUAGGGGAGUAUUUUCUAGAACAAUACACUGAAAGAUAAUGUUGAUAAUUGGUUAGGUAUUCCAAUGUAUUCCAGGUAUUCCUUUAAUUUUUCUCCAACUUUUUUUUGUGAUAGGUUUCCAUGGAAUUCUUUAAAACCAGUGUUCCUUUUUAAACUAGACAAGGUAACGUGUAAAGUUAUAGACACUUUUUACCAUCAAAUAAUAUUAUUUCAGAUUCAUGAGUUUAAUGACUCUAGUUUAUCGACAUGACUUGAUCUCUUUGGCAUGUUCACCAGGUGAUGCGGGAAUUUUUUGAAAACAGUCCAUCUAGGAAUGCCACAUCAUCUGAGCCUACUGUUACCGCAGACUUUGAAGUGAUGAGGCAGAGACUUUUAGACUGCUUGGAUUCAUUUACCAGGUUACUGCGACUUCUAUUUAAUAUGCCACUUGUACUAGUACACUACCUCAGUUUAUGUUUCCAACAGUUAAGGCAUAAAAUUUCUCAGUUUUAAAAAUUUUAAACAUGGUUAAUUCUUUCUUGCUUUUCAGUGCUCCUUUCACCAUUCAGCGACUUUGUGAACUAAUGGUGGAGCCAAGAAAAAAUUACAGUAAUAGCGAAAAGUUCAUGAGAGGAGUAGAAAAAGUAAGAGAUAAUCAGAGUUACAACAAACUUUGGACGUUGCUUUUUAAGUCACUAGUGUGUAAAACUCAGAGCUGUCAAAAAGUUUUAAGUAGCUGGCUAAUAAUGAAUAGUAGGUGGCUUUGGAACUCGCUGCAAAGGCACAAGUUCUUGAGGGCAGAGGUACUAGGGGUAUUUUGAAAUUUAGAGUCUCGGAAAUGGCAUUUCCAGGGGUUUUCAAUAUAUUAGUACUUUCCACCGUGGAUGCCAUGUUGUUUCAUCAGAAUACACACAAGACUGGGAACAAAUUUGCCAUCGAAAUGUCCCAGGCAUUCCACAACAUUGCAUGAUUUGCAUGUUUCAUAGAUCUAAACCUGUUUAAAUAUGCAUUCAAUGUCAUUCAACACUUGGAAAUGGAUGCUUUAUAAUUUUAUUCGAUGGUGCUUAUUUUUUGUUAGCAGUUAUGGUAGAAGGACAUGAAAGUAGCCAGCAAAGGAUGGCUAACUAGCCAGCGGUUUUGUCCGGCCACCGGCCCUUUUUGGCAGCCCAGCUGGUUACAACAAAUUUUGGGCAUUGCUUUUUAAGUCACUAGUGAGUAAAACUUCACAAUAAUUUUGUUGUUGUUUAUAGAAUGUUCUUGUGGUCAGUACCGUGGAUAUCAACAGAGAUGAUCUUGCUGAGUAAGUGACAUUAGACCUCAUUAGGUACUAAAAUUAAUGUUAAUUAUUGUGAUGGUGGUGAUGUUGAUGGUAGUGAUGAUGAUGUUGUUGGUGAGAGUGAUACUUGUGUGGUUGAAGAUGAUGAUGAAGAAUUGUAACUGCUGAUCUAGCAGAAGAUGUUUGCUGUUACAUCUACAUGUAAUACAGUCAACUCUUGCCUUGGGGUCCCCUAGCUAUAAAAGGCAAAAAUCCUCUGAAAAAUGAAUUACAAACACUAACAGAUUCUCGCUAUUAAUAGCACUAACUCUCUACGGUAAUGCAAGUUGACUGUAUUAAGUGCUCAGCAAAUGGCCUGAGAGGUACAUGUACAGUGUAACCUUUGCCCUGCUGACACCUUUCCAUCACAGACACAAAAACGAUAAUGAACAGUAGCUUAUCCCUUCCAAACUUAUAGACAUUUAAGUGAAUAAUAUAUCUCACUACAGUUGAACUUCCACUGUUGGCCACCUCUAUACAACGGCCACCUGUCUACAAUGGCCACUUUUUUUGGCGAACAGUCCAACAAUGGCCACCUCACUACUUCAGCUCAACUUUUUUGUCCUCAAGGUGGCUGUAAGGGAGAGGUUCAAUUGUAAAACAGACAUUUUUUUAGGUCCUGUCAGCACAAUUUUGUUGAUCUCACUCUUGUUAUGACAGACACCAAGCAGAAAGGAAAUUCUUCUCACACCCCAAAAUUACAGACUCUGGCUAUUAUGGACAUGAACUUGUGCUCACUAGAUAUUGGAAGUUGACUGUACAAAGUGGAGAAAACAAUAUUCUGAUCACUUGGUAUACCUGGUACGUGAGUAAGGAUUGAACUAUCUGAAUUUUUUUUUUCAGGAUGACCUUGACAAACAAUGUUGAUGGACAGCACAUGUUGUCUAACCUGCCCAAUGGUCCCGUUACAAAUGGAAUUAUGACUUACGCGAUCCCUUCUGAAGGGAACUCAGUGACUGAUCAUGGCUACAAUGAACGUGUUUCUCAUGUCACUCCUGAUAGUGUGAUAUCUCAAGUCACACCAGACUCAAAUGGAUCCACACCUCUUAAUGCUCAUGAAAAUGGACAUGAUCAACAAGAACAUUAUAACGAAAGUAGUUCAUCUGCUACUGAAUCCUCUCCUAUAGAAGAGUCUAAUCUUCCUGAACAACAACUUAGCGAGGAAAAGUGUGAGAGAAACAUGAACAAAGUUGAGGGAAAUGUACCCCAGGAAGAGAAGGCGCCAGAAGUAGAAAAUAAGGAUCCUGGUUCUUGUCUGGAUGCUCAUGCCGAACAGAAAAUCGAAAAUUCAGAGGAAGAGAAACCGAGCUAGCUUCUGAGCAAAGUAAGAAUUUUUGUGAAGAUGUUGUAAGGUACACAAAUCCAUAAUUCAAGCUUAUGAAUAAACCAUACUGGAACAGUGAAUAUGAGGUGUUGCAGUCCUGACUCUUUCUUUUCCUUCUAUCUCCUCCCCUCUAGUUGUUUUUCUUUUCUUUGUCCCUUUUUCUCCUCUUUUUGCUGGUUAUUUAGUAGGCGUUAUUUCAGUGGGAAAAGUUUUUGAGAAAGCUUUAAGUAUCUUAGAAUUAGAUGAAAAGAAAUUUAGGUAGGAAGUGGAAUAAGAUUUUCAUGGGAAUUUUCAGAUCAACAUUGCAUGGUUUCUUGCCUUUUUCUGUGGCGUCCUUGACAGAAUCAUGCUCAUUCUGGUAUGGUUUGAAAGAUCCCUUCACCCUGCACAAGUUAGCUGACAAAGUUGUCCUUGACCGUUACAACUGAUGACAUCCCAAGCGAUGGAAGGGACAUGGAUCUGUAGUAUGGAGUAUGGGUUAACAGAGUUUUUGUUCCUUCAUUUUCAGAAACAGAAGCAGUUAGUGAGCAGACGGCAGAACAAGCAGAGAUCAAGGAAACAAGUCCAUCACCUGCAAGUGAAGAAGAAGAGCCAAUGGAUGAGAACUAACAGACCAUUGUCAUUAAUUUAAUGUGGAAUAUGGUCGUGUAUUUUAGCAACUUAUUCAUUCUCCAUUCUACCAGUAUCCGCAUGUACAGGCUGUAGUAAUGCCAUGAGUUAGCUGGAAAAAGGAAGAAUGCAAAACAACAGCUUACAACUGCUUUAUCGUGCAACCAGUUUUUAUUAUUUUGGGUGACUUAUUUGUUUGUUUGCUUUUUACAUGACAGUGUUUAAAAUGUCAUAUUACAGUCAAGCCAGGUUGAGCAUACACCCCAAGUUGCCAUUAAUGAAUUUAUUAUUUAAAAGUUGAUUCUGGUAGUAGUUGUAGAUUUCAGAUUCAUCUCUGCUUUCCUGCAUGUUUGAUGAGCAGUGAAUUCACACGCGAGGUAGUUAUGAAAUUUUUACCACGCCAGUUUUCUUAAAUUUGAUCUCAAUGUCUUCAAAGCAGUUUUAACCAUUGAAGAUUUCUCAAUCUGACCAAUAAUUACGUCGUAAAAAAUUCACUGCUCAUUUUUCAUGCACGAGUGCAGAUAUGAAUUUGAUACUGGUUGAGGCAACGACCAACAGAUUCAUUUUUCAGAUAAACGAUUCAUUUAUGGAAUCUAUGGGCGUAUGCUUGACGCGGUGUGACUGUAGCUGAGACAUCCUUUGUCGUUGCAACAUAAAGGUGAAUGAACUUUAUCAUGAUACAUUUGAUCUCUUUAAAGUGCUUCUUGUUCACUUUGUUCGUAUCAUUCAGGAAGAGAGCCUGAUACAAAUCUUUUUCAGAGUACAUUAGCACCCCAAGAACUCAAACUCGGGUAACUCAAUCUCCCUGCUAACUUGGUUAUCUUGAAUUCAAAUGACUUGAAUUUCCUACAUGAAUUAAAUGUCCUUUUCGUUGAUAAAAAAUGUCACUAAAAUUUACUCCAGUAAUUCAAAUUCUGGUUCUUGUAUUAAUGUAACUCCACUCGGAUGCCAUCCCAUAAGCUCAGCCAUUUGUAUAAUUAGUAUAAAAAACACUUAAACUAACACUACAGCAAUUUAAUUUGAAUUGGUGCAAUGAACAGAUCACUGUACUAUACACUGAAGUGCUGAAAAAUCAAUAACUAUCAGUUAUUAACAUGGGAAAUUGAAUAUUCAUUCGAUGCUGAUAACUCAAACCCCCGCUAACUUGAACUGUUCUGAGUUUGAGUUACUGGGGUUCGACAGUAUUAAUUUUGCGGUACCUGUCACACCACAUUUGGAAACAAAAAGAAAAACAACAAACUUAAGACAGCUAGAAGUACAAACAAAAGCAUCACUUUCUUUAAUAUAUUUGGUUUUUUCAGUAAAUUGUAGGGAGGUUAAAACAACCUCUACAAGAAUAGACAAGAAGAUGAACUUUUUUUACUUUCUGUUAACUUGACUUAUUUUUCAUACACAGUUUUUUUUCUUCAGUUAGAGUUUUCAUCUAUGCCCUCAUUUUUAUUUUCUAAUAAAUAAGUAAUAAUUAACUGUAUAUUAUCAAAAUUUUAACUACUGACAUAAAGGGAAUCUUGUUUGAAAAUAUAUUUUCUUGUUUUACGGUAGAAGUCUUCAACCUUUUUCCAUCCAUACUAAAAUUAUUUAAACUCUCUCAACUGAGAGAGUUGUAUUGUAAAUGACUAUCAUGCAAAUCUUUCAUCUUUGAUUUCUCUCCUCUGCAGAUAAAUAAAUUCUUAAAGCUCUAAAUUUCUUAUUUUUUAUCAAUCCUUUGGGUUGCACCAGAACCAGGAUGGCACAUGAGAUUUUCUUCAUGCUAAACUUCUCAUUUAGGCAUUAAAGGAUCCAACAAGAAAAUAUCCUAGACCCAUCAACCUAGAAAAUCUGUUGCAUUCAAGGUGAUUGCUCACUUAAACAGGGUACCCAAGUUUUAUUC